UCUUGUUGUCGGACGGUCGCUGUGUGCUAAUGGCUCCUCCUGCAACAGUGAUACGGAGCUGAGCAAGGGUUGCAGGGGCAACGCAAAAGUAUAUAUUUUUCUCGAGCUGCAGGAAAGGGGUGACUUAUUGCGCAAUGUUUAAGAAAAAAACAUUUUAGAUUGCGUGCUUAGACGUCGUUCCAACUAUAGAGAAGGGUUUGAUUUAUUUUAUUCUAAACACCGCAAAUGAACUCCGUCAGAGCAACCAGCAGAAGACCCAGGCGAGUGUCGAGGCCGCGCCCGGUACAGCCGGAAAGGAACAACCAGGAAAGAGAUGAGGACGUCCCUGCAGAUAUGGUUGCAGAAGAAUCCGGUCCAGGAGCUCAGAAUAGUCCUUACCAACUUCGAAGAAAGUCUCUACUACCCAAGAGAACAGCAGCGUGUCCAGCAAAGACUAACAUGGAGGGUGCUUCCACUUCAGCCACAGAAGACUUUGGCCAUCGGGCAAAGCGUGCCAGAGUGUCAGGAAAGUCUCAAGAUUUAACAGCUCCCGCAGAGCACUACCUCCAGGAGAAGCUGCCAGACGAGGUGGUUCUGAAGAUCUUCUCCUACCUGUUGGAGCAGGACCUGUGUCGCGCAGCAUGUGUCUGCAAACGCUUCAGCGAACUGGCCAAUGACCCCAUCCUCUGGAAGAGGCUGUACAUGGAGGUGUUUGAGUACACGCGUCCCAUGAUGCAUCCUGAGGCGGGGAAAUUCUUCCAGAUUAACCCAGACGAGUACGAGCAGCCCAACCCGUGGAAGGAGAGCUUUCAGCAGCUGUAUAAAGGAGCACAUGUGAAGCCAGGCUUCGCAGAACACUUCUACAGUAAUCCUGCCAGAUACAAAGGAAGAGAGAACAUGCUUUACUAUGACACCAUCGAGGAUGCCCUGGGAGGUGUUCAGGAGGCCCACUUUGACGGCCUCAUAUUCGUACACUCUGGGGUCUACACUGAUGAGUGGAUUUACAUCGAAUCGCCCAUCACAAUGAUAGGAGCUGCAUCUGGUAAAGUAGCAGACAAAGUGAUCAUUGAGAACACCAGAGACUCAACGUUUGUCUUCAUGGAGGGCUCAGAGGAUGCAUACGUUGGCUACAUGACCAUCAAGUUUAAUCCUGAUGAUAAGUCUGCCCAGCACCACAAUGCCCACCACUGUCUGGAGAUUACAGUCAACUGCAGUCCCAUCAUUGACCACUGUAUCAUACGCAGCACUUGCACAGUGGGCUCAGCGGUCUGUGUGAGCGGCCAGGGCGCUUGUCCCACCAUCAAACACUGCAACAUCAGCGACUGUGAGAACGUGGGGCUUUACAUCACUGACCAUGCACAGGGAAUCUACGAGGACAAUGAGAUCUCCAACAACGCUCUGGCAGGGAUCUGGGUGAAAAACCAUGGCAACCCUAUCAUCAGACGGAACCACAUCCACCACGGCAGAGACGUGGGCGUCUUCACCUUCGACCACGGCAUGGGCUACUUUGAGAGCUGCAACAUCCACAGGAACCGCAUAGCUGGCUUUGAGGUGAAGGCGUACGCCAACCCCACGGUGGUGCGCUGUGAGAUCCACCACGGACAGACGGGAGGGAUCUACGUGCACGAGAAGGGCCGAGGACAGUUCAUCGAGAACAAGAUCUAUGCAAACAACUUUGCUGGAGUGUGGGUCACCUCCAAUAGCGAUCCUACAAUAAGGGGCAACGCCAUCUUCAACGGUAACCAGGGUGGCGUUUACAUAUUCGGUGACGGCCGAGGCCUCAUUGAGGGGAAUGAUAUCUACGGUAACGCCUUGGCAGGGAUCCAGAUCAGGACGAACAGCUGCCCAAUCGUACGACACAACAAGAUCCACGACGGACAGCAUGGGGGCAUCUAUGUGCAUGAAAAGGGACAGGGGGUGAUUGAGGAGAAUGAGGUCUACAGCAACACGCUGGCAGGAGUCUGGGUGACCACAGGAAGCACACCUGUCCUCAGGAGGAACAGGAUACACAGUGGGAAACAGGUUGGUGUCUACUUCUACGACAACGGCCAUGGAGUGUUGGAGGACAAUGAUAUCUACAACCACAUGUACUCUGGAGUUCAAAUCAGAACUGGAAGCAAUCCCAAAAUCAGACGGAACAAGAUCUGGGGAGGUCAAAAUGGAGGCAUUCUGGUUUACAACUCAGGUUUGGGCUUCAUCGAGGACAAUGAGAUCUUUGACAACGCCAUGGCGGGGGUGUGGAUAAAGACGGACAGCAACCCCACCCUCCGGAGGAAUAAGAUCCACGACGGGCGAGACGGAGGGAUCUGUAUAUUCAACGGAGGACGAGGUUUACUGGAGGAGAACGAUAUCUUCAGGAACGCCCAGGCAGGGGUCCUCAUCAGCACCAACAGCCACCCCAUCCUGAGGAAGAACAGGAUAUUUGACGGCUUCGCUGCAGGUAUUGAGAUCACCAAUCAUGCCACGGCAACCCUGGAGGGCAAUCAGAUCUUCAACAACCGCUUUGGAGGGUUGUUUCUCGCAUCGGGUGUCAACGUUACAAUGAAAGAUAACAAAAUAAUGAACAAUCAAGAUGCCAUUGAAAAAGCUGUGAGCAGAGGUCAGUGCCUGUACAAGAUUUCCAGUUACACCAGCUAUCCAAUGCACGAUUUUUACAGGUGUCACACCUGUAACACAACAGACCGCAACGCCAUCUGUGUGAACUGCAUCAAGAAGUGCCACCAGGGGCACGACGUCGAGUUCAUUAGGCAUGAUAGAUUCUUCUGUGACUGUGGAGCCGGAACCUUGUCAAACCCCUGCACGCUAGCCGGAGAGCCUACGCAUGACACGGACACACUGUACGACUCCGCCCCUCCUAUAGAGUCCAAUACGCUGCAACACAACUGAGCUGGACCUCCCACCUCCGGACCUAUUCCCUAUAUAGUGCACUACUUUUGACUAGGACCCUAUGCUGGCCAGGUCAAAAGUGGUCCACUAUGUGGGGAAUAGGGUGCCAUUUUGGAACGACACAGAAACUCCUCUUUGUUCAGCUAACUUGUCCACUAAUGCAUGGGAAGGAGGAAAAAUACAAUACAAACUGUUAUAAAUAUUUCAAUUGUUUCACACAUGAAAAUAUGUACAAAUGGAUGUUGUGGUGGAUAAAGACAAGCUGAAAGGAGACAUACAUUUAUAUACUGAAAAAUGUUCUGCUGUGGAUGCACCGCUCCCCCCUUGUUUUCCUUCCCAGCAAUGUAUUGGCGGAGAGGAGAGGACCUGGUCGAAUGUAGUGCCCUAUGAAGGGAAUAGGAUGCCAUUUCGGACUCAGAGAUAUUGACUCAGGUUGAAGGAGAAUUAAUGGGAAGCAUUGCAGUUGUAUAACGGAGCUGGGGAGAGGUGGAUGGGCGCUAGCCAUCUUCAUGCCCCCUGCCGCCUUUGCGAAGUGGUCAAGUCAGACUGCAGUUAUUGUACAGAGCCACGAAUGAUGGCAGGACGGCACAGCAACGCUCAGAGCCAUAAAAGGAACCAGUUCCUCGCCACACACUGCCUAUGUCUCCGGGCAGCAAACCCCUGUGGCGUUGGUAUGGAUACAACAAAUGAAAUAUUAAUGACCUAGCACUUCCGCUUUUAAUUUUUUGGGUGAAAACAAAGUUUUUGAUUUUAAAUGUUUUUUUCCCCUGUAGCUUUGUAUUUUCAUGCAAAAAUGUUACUGUACUUGAAUGUCUUAUUUUAUUAAAUAUAAUAGUUUUUUUGGGUUAUUCAACCAUAGACUUGCUGUAAGUGUACUCAUGUCGCAGUAUCUACGUUCUUUCUGUGAAAGAGAACAAACAAACAAAAAAAUACAUUUUCCCCAGCAAUGUUGACUUUCAAAUGUGAGACUUUUAGAAUUGAUCGUGGCUGUUUCGAGUCUGAACACCUUUUCUUUUUGUCUGCAAUAUGGAGUUCAAGGAGCCAUGUAGAGAAGCAUUCAUAUUUCCUAUUUGGACCAUACUGCAGGUAACCUCAGUAUAAUUGUCAAAGUAUAAGCGCUGGAUUAAAUUCGUAUUGUGGGAAAUCUGACCUAAAUUUAGGGUAAUUUCGAUUGAGCCGACACAUGCAACUUUCACUGUGAAUGCAGUCUCCGAAAGCAGGAACAUUGAUUUAAAGGCAUUUUAUAACGCAGAUCUUUUUUGUAAUAUGGAUUGAAUCCAGCCCUCGGUCUUGUGAAAUCACAGCUGUCUUCAUUUAGGCUCCAAGGUCCAGGGUGUACUGUAGUGCUUUCCUAGUCUGGUCCCAGAUCUGUUUGUGCCGUUCCCCAUAAUGACCACAGGAGUUGUCAACGCCACACGAACAGAUCUGGGACUGACUAAGAGAUUAAAACAUUGCUGGAGCUUUUUUUUUUGUAACACUAGAGCUCUACUGAAUGAGACUAAGUAUCCACCCAGCGGUAAAUGGUUUAUUACGUUCCCCUCCACCCCAUCUAUGUGUAUUGGUGACUGUGGGCUCUCAAACAGCUUGAAUUGUAUGCAUGUACCAUAACACCCAGACUUAAUAUAUUGUGGAGUAUUCAAUAACCAUUAUGUAGAUGCUAGUGAAUUAAAAGGGUUUACUUUCCUAGA